UCGAUUUAACGCAGCAGAACCAUAAUUCCGGUUCGAGAGCGAAACCUCCACCAGCAUACAGGAGCUGAUCGUUUCCAGAGAAUUAAGACCGUUUUACUGGGACAGACCGAAUACAUAAAAGGUGUCCAACAAUGAUCAUCCCUGUGAGGUGCUUCACUUGUGGGAAGAUUGUGGGGAACAAAUGGGAAGCUUACCUUGGGCUCCUUCAAGCAGAGUACACCGAGGGUGAUGCACUUGAUGCCCUGGGCCUGAAGAGGUACUGCUGCCGAAGGAUGCUCCUUUCUCACGUGGAUCUUAUUGAGAAACUGUUGAAUUAUGCUCCACUGGAAAAAUGAAUGGAAGAACUCGGCAGGGCCAUGCCCGGGAUAGAUUUUUGUAAUAACGCAAAACCAGAGCAAAUUUGUAUUAUAUUGUUGACUAUUUCAUUUGUGCAUUUUUUUUUUU